ACUGUAAAGGUAAAAAAAAACCCACUAAAAUCUGUUCCACCUUAGAGGACUACUAAAAGACAAUACAAAUGGUACAAAAGACUGGACCUCAAAUGAGACAGAUACUGUAUUGUUUGGAAAGCUCAACUGUGAUUUCAUCUCUGCUGGACCGGCUCUAGUGAACCUCUCUGUGUAGGAGUAAGACACCGCUCUGCUUCCCAGCAGUGACUUCUUUAGCCAGCUCUGGUUACUGCUCCAGUGCUUGAUCACUGUGCUGCAACAAGAGGGUUAAUCCUGCUGGCUUCGCUCCAGGGUUUGUGCUGUCCAGAAGAGAUGGGAGAAGGGGAGGGGGAAUCCAUCAUGUCUUUACUGGCAUUUUACUUGUGGCUACAGUCUUGUCUGUAUGGAAAAGUUGCACCAGUUAAAUUAAAUAUGGUGUUCUGUGUACUCCAGACUCUGUAUGGACACAUAUACUGGGCUUACAUGAGGGAUUUAUAUAUUUGUUAAGCUUAAAGUGUUACCUGUCCCCCUGAGAGAGCAGUCUUGGAAAAUGUUCUGUGAGAGAAGCCAUAUUUGAGCUCAGCUGCUUGAAGAAAGGGGAAUAUGGAGGAACAGGUGAAACAGCCAGGAGAAAUUGGCCCUGAGACAGUACAAAGGAUCAGAAAGGAACUAUGUUUAUGAUAGUAAGAACUACAAAAAGAGCAGCAAAGGAAACACCAAAGCACAGCAAAUGAAGAAGGAAAAUUCUGGCAAUUCACCAUAACCACCUUGUCCAGGAAAGGCCUGAAGCUUGUGGCUGUCACCAACCAAUAGCAAAGAGCUCACUGAUUUCCUCUUCUUGUGGUCAGUUCUUCACAGUGUUGAACUGAUUUGAAGGAGCUGAGUGGGUAUUAAUCAGAGUUUCAUGGACUAUCUUAGUGCAUUUUGUGACUGCAAGACUGUAUGCCCUCUAAGCACUGCCUUGUUGAUUUGGAAAUAGAGGGGUGAAGAAUUCCUUAUUUUUGUAGAUGGGACAACAGAAAGCAUGACUACGAGUCAAAAAGAGACAAAUUGUGUCCAGGCUGCUGCACUUUGCAGUGUUUGCACUUCUGCAGUGGGUUGGAUACAAAGUCAGAUGUGAAUCUCCAAAAAUUGGGGAUAGAUGGAUCAGGCCUUGAACUCAUGUCCCUUCCCUCUGAUGACCUCAGCAAAACCUGCAGAACAACUGCAGGAUGAUGUCAGACCUCAGGUAUUAGUGGAGCCCAUCAGCAGUGUGGGACCCAAGAAAAUUCAUUUCAGCCCCAAUUCACAUGACUAGUAGUCCUGCAUUAUUGACAUGAUACAUUCACAUAUCUUACAGCAGUUCAUUAAUUUCUUAUCAGUCGGAUGUAACUUAAUGCCCAGUUGCCGUGAGGAUAUGUGAAGGCCAAGAAGACAAAGAAGGAAGGGGAAAGAAAUCAGUAGGAAUUUAAAUGCUGGUCUAAGACCUAUACAAAUAGUAUGCCUCAGGAUCACUCACCCGUCCGCUGAGACACAGAAGUCUCUGGGGUGAAAUGCAUCAGGUGAUUUUAAUUUCUAGGAAGGCCAGUUUUGUGUCUUAUCCAUGCUACUAUCACUAUAGCAUCCCUGGUAACAUAAUGGGAUCAGUACCAACUGGGAAGGAAAAUAACUUUUUGCUGAAUCACUGUCACUGCUUCUGAUCUUAGGUAAACACCUACAGGCACUGGAGUCAGCACUUAGGGAAUAUGUGUUUCCUUUAUGAGUCACCCAUGCCUUUUACUGCAGCACAGUUCGUCACACCAUACUGUGGCCUUGAUACCUGAAUUUUUAGAAGGAAGAGUGCUUUAUCUUGAGUCAUCAGCUAUAGAUGUCCCCAGGAUACCCUGUGAUGGAGGACAGCAGCCCACAAAUCACAAGACAGCAACAGGGUGAAUGAGAAGGGAAGGUGCAGAAGGAUGUUAAUUUUUCAUAUCUCCUAGCUGUGAGGGCUGUCCAACUACCUUUGUCAAUGUCAUGGGGCAAGGAUGGGGGAAAAAAAACCAAGAUUCUUUUCUGUCUCAAAAAGCAAACCGAUUAAACAGUUGUGAAUCCAGUAGACAAUUAGGAGAGCUAAGAGGAGAUACUUCAUGCCAGAUGGAGGCCUGCAGACGCAGAGCCACAUCUCUUGAAGUGUGUGCCUGGACUGCAAGAGAAAAAAGGGGCGUUCUCAUGCCAUUGUGCUGCGGCUCCCUCCGGUGUCCACCGCGAGCAAGAGCAGCAUGAUACCUCCAGCUAUUUCUCCGCGGCUUGUCUGGCCUGUAAAAUACUGAACUGCUUCUUAGCCAGCGAUUCCAUCACCAGGAGCAUCGACCAAGCUCUACAAAUGGAGGCGUACUGCUAGCACCACGGGUCUACCCACACCGAGCUGCUGGGGGAGGACACAGUCUUCCAGUUAGAAAGAAGGAUUUAAAGCUCAGAAGCAAUCAGCAGAAACUUUGCCCAAGAUUGGUUGUGAAUCCUGUGCUCUGUGGGAGAUGGUGGUACAUCAGCACAUCGGUAGACCAAAACAUUUGGCAUCAAUGAAAGUUUCCUAAUAAAUGUGUUCAAAACUCACAAAGUCUUCAGGAUGUUUUAUUUAUCCCGUUAAGCAGUAACGGAGGCUUGAAUGACAACACAGAAGUACAGAGAAAAACAAAAACCAAACCAAGGUGUGUGGAGUAUUGUAACCCAAACAUACUGAUAUGUGGACUUCCAGUAAAAGCCAAGAAUCUUAGAGGAUUACUCAACCUGAGGUGUGGUUAUAACUUCCAUCACAUUCUUUUUGUUGUGUAAUGACCUCACCAGCGUUUCCAAUGCACCCAGUUUUAGCUGGUCUCUGAAAGUGCAAAUGUUCGCUCCAGUGAAAAAGUGCAAUGCUGUUUGGCUCCAGAAGGCUGUCCUGGUACCAGGGAAAUUCCUAGCUUUCCCCAUCCCCUCUAUCCCUCCUCUAGUACGGUCCACCAAUGGUGCAUCCUCCAGGGGCCUUGGGAGGACCAGAAAUAAGAAGGAGCAGUCAUUUCCCUCUUGAGCACUGCCACACCCAAUGCUCAGCCACUAUCAGAAAUUGUAUUUUUGAAGACAACCAAAAGGAGAACGUAUUCCGGGUGUGGCUGCAUGUGAUUUACCCAAUAGCUAAAGUGGGGGGGACACCGAAGGGGAAAGACAGAACGUUUGCUGCCGAAGGGAGUGGAAGCUGAGGGCUGCAGGAUGAAGAACUCUGGAACCUGUAUACUGUUGUGUCUCUUGGCACUCUUCUUGUCCCCAGCUGACUGGUUUCCAUGGGUGGUCAAUGGGCAAGAACCAGAAAGUGCAACUGGUGAUGUUACCCCUGCCUCUCUUCUCAGCAGCCCUGCUGCAGCUGUUACACCACCUGCAGUUCCUCCUUCCGUUCUGUCUGACAGUGAAACUGCAACGGCUUCAUCAGAUUGUCGUGAAGAAAAGUUCCCUUGCACGCGCCUGUACUCUGUUCACAAACCAGUAAAGCAGUGUAUCAGCUACCUCUGUGUUACAAGUGUGCGUCGCAUGUACAUAAUAAACAAGGAGGUGUGCUCUCGCAUUGUCUGCAAGGAGAAUGAGGUCAUGCAAGAUGAGAUCUGUCGCCAGCUGGCUGGCCUUCCUCCUCGACGUCUCCGCCGAUCUGGGCAACCCCUGCCUCUCCCUUGCAGACAGCUCCUGGAGCAGCAGCAUGGAAGGCCUGAUGCUCUGUGAGCUCCCAACAGCAGGAGAGGAAAAGGAAGGAAGAGAAGAGAAAUCCUCACCCACUACCUACCCAAGACAAGUCCUUCUUGUUUGUGAUUUCCCCACCAUUUUCUUGCUUCUAUGCCUUCCCCUACAUUCUCUUCUUCAGGUGCUGCAGUACACAGAGUACUCUGCUAGUCUGUUAUGGUGGCUCAUCUUUAAAAUCUGUUGCUGAGGAUAGAAGAUGCUCCCUCCUUUCCCUCUGUCUGGCAGGCCACGAGCUGCUCAUUUCCCAGAGGUUCUUAUAAAUGUGCUGCAUCUUCUCUUGCUUUGUCCCUGGAGGAAUAUUCUGUAUGGGGACAGGAUGUAGUCCUCUCCAGUGGUACAGAUGCCCUAAGCUGCAUUUCAUGUGGAGGAGUACAAACUAGGACUAGGCCCUAGGACUCCUGCCCUUUCUUUCUUGCAAUGGCAUCAGUAUGAGCUCAGAUAUUGUUAGUCAGCCUGAGCCUCUCUGAUUCUCCUGAGCCACUGCGUUUGUUGUGUGAUAGCACAAUCUCCUCCUUGUGUCUGCUGGCAUCAGAGAAGUGACAGAAAUGGGAGAUGAGCUAUCCUGAACCCAAGGCAAACCUCAUUGCCCCUGGAUGGCAACAGAUCAUUUAUAACUCCCUCUGGGAAGUUCUUUGUCCCAAGCCCAUUGCCUCCCUCACACACAACUGCUACCGAAAGGAAGAAUUCUGGAUUUAGUAUGGCAUUAUAUUUUCUCGAGAAGAUUAUGUUGGAACAGAGUGCUGCCUCUUACACUCCCUCAUCUCCUCUCCCCUAUUCUUGUCCCUCCCUUCCCAUUGAAGACAUCUCUUGAUGUCCAUUCCAGGCAAGUUCCACAGAGCAGUAAUUAUGGCUGUCUCCACUCCUAAGCCCAAGAAAGCCCAUGAAGAACCUGCAUGUCCUGACAGUACGGGGAACUUGCAAUGAAUUAGCUUGUCCUGGUGUCUUGUCUUGGUCUGGCUACCUCCACACUCUCCAGUUGCUGAGCUUGCUUUCAAUAUCUCCACUUGAGUUCCUACCUCUUGACCUGGAAGCUUCUGCACAAAGCAGAAAGGAGUCACAAACUGGAAUCAGAUGUGAGAGAAGAAUCAUUAUCUGGGAUCCCUGGUUAUCAGGGACCUGGGAUUUUCCUGCAGGUUCUCUGACUUUGCUGACCUGUACAGAGCCAGGUGCUGAUGGGGAAGGUAAACAUAUCUGCAGAUACAAGUGCUUAUAGAGGCAGGCCAGCCUGGGGAGAACAAUUACUCUGGUAGCACUGGAUGUCUGGUCUGCUCAAGAACUUUGUAUUCCAGAUAUAUGGAGAACAUUUCCAGGUAUAUGGGCAGUUUACAUGAUGACACUGGGUAGGGUAAGUGGGGAAGAGCAGUCUGAACUGUAUUAAUUAUUCUGUGUGACUCUCAGUGGCAUGAUUCUGUGAGGCACUGGAGCACUGCAGCAGAUCAGCAAGACCCUGUCUCUAGGACCUCUGUGUUGUUCCCAACUAACAGAGAGCCAGUUCGCCAGAUUAGGCAUUCACCCCCAUCACAUAAUAUACUCUGCUGCUGAACAGAGUACCAUUCACCCUUGCAAGAGACACUGCUCUCCUGCACAGAGCCAGGAUCACACAAUAUCAGGGACAGUUUGCUGCACAGAGGCAGAUGUCUCUUGUGAAAAAGAGUAAAACAAUUAAUGUAAGACCCUCUCACCUGGACUAGGAUUUCUGCUGUAUGCGUCAAUAAGCUGUUUACAUCCUCUCUGUAGGAGAAGACACCCUGUGCAGACAGAUUUGUUCCAUAUGAGGUCAAAAUUGUCCAUAGACGGGCUGAAUCUCCCUGUAUUAAGCCAGUACACAGGAGAAAGAACUUCAAGUUAUGCAGUGUCUGGAAUUUCAUCCUAUACAUAGGAGCAUUGCACCCCUACUCAGGGAAUGAUGCUCCUCCUCAGUCUAGGCUCUGGAGACUAGGUAUGGAGGAGGAAUUUCUCUGUGCUGAGAGAGUGCAUGUUUCUGUAGAAAGGAGGUCACUGAGAGCUUGAUCUCACAGAAAUUCAAGCCACUGGCAGUCACUGACUUCCAUGAUGGGAUACCUCUGAAAAUUGCCUGUGUGGAGGAAGGUAGGAUGGAGACGAGAUAUUAGAGGGACAUCUUGGAAAUUGGACUAGGCCAAGUCUCCACUUUGUAUUUAGAGUUGACUAUAAGUUGAUAUAGAUAUAUAGCUGUGUAACAUAGCUCCUGUACAGCAUAUAGAAAUUUAACAUUCAUACAGUUUGGGAAGUAGUUAGAAGCCUUUCUGUUGCUUGCUUUCAGCAGGGUCAGGAAGAGGUGCUCCUGUCCAGGAGAACAUUGUUUUAAUGCUAGAGUCUAUAUAAUGCGUAUUAAAGGAAAAUUUAUUUCCUAUUAUUCUUGGCAA